UGUUAUGUGUUGAACCAAGUCAGAAUUCUCAGUAAAGUCUGUUUGGAAUUAUGCGUCUUCGUUUGCUGUCCUCAUUCCUUGACGACCCGUGACAGAAUAACCGACCGCAUCAAAAUAAACCAAGCAUGGACUCACCCGCGUUACGUCUCCUCCUCAGACCAGAAAGCCAAAGGUGGCUGGAUUAUUUGGGCUGGAUGCUCCAGAACAGUGGCCUCUCCCUCACAGAGACACCAACAGGGCUCGUCCAGGAACCAAAGCCGGAGUCCACCAAAGCCGAGGAGACUGAGCACGCUGAUCAGUUCACUGUAAAGCCAGGAGCGAACAUGAACCUCAUAGAUCUGUGGUCCGCGGAUCCAGUUCCCACCCAAGUACCCACCCUCAAACCUUUGUCUUUGCCGGUCCCGUACGGAUUGUUAGAGGCUCCAGUCCCGUCUGGAGAUCUUCCUCCUCCGAUGUCUCUAUCAGAUUUCCUGGUCCCAUCUCCUCCUCUGGUUUCAGUCAGUCCCCUGGAUUCGUCGGCCCCACUGGUGUCGUCCAGCUCCUCGGCUCUGCCUCCGCCGCUAGCUCUGUGCGGCUCAUCAGCCUCGCCUCAGUGUUCCUCUCCACCAGCUCGGUAUGGCUCCGAGUCCCCGGCUUCACUUCGGCCCUCCAGGCCCAUGUCUCCACCUCGGCCUGUCAGCCCGCCGACUCCGCUCUGGCUCUGUAUUCCUUCGGCUCCACCGAGGCUUGUCUGCCCUAGGACUCCUCUGGGCUCCCUCGUACAUCCGGACAAACCUCGGUCGGUCGUCGCUCAGCUUCCGCCACGGACUUCCGGGUCUCCGGCUGCGCCUCGACCCUCCACCCCUUCGGCUUCACCGGGCUCCUCCCUUCCUCUGGUUUCCCUGUCAUCCUCGCUCGCUCCAUCAUCGCCCUGGUCAGCCGAAUCCCCGGCUCUGCCUCAGUCACGUGAGCCAGCCGCUCCACCUUGGGCUUCCAGGCCUUCGAUGUCCUGGUCCAUCGGCCUCUCUGCUCCGGUUCCGCCACGUACCCUGGUUCCGCCUCAGUGGAUCGGCUUCUGGGUGCCCACCGUCGGCUCCACCAUGGUGUUGGUCUCCUCCGAAUUCUCCAGGUUCCAGUCCUUCACCAGCACCACACCCUCCGCCUAAGCCUCCACCCUCUUUCCUCUUUUCUGUCAUCUACUGUUGUGGCGUGAGGUCACGCCUUCCGAAAGGGGGAGCUAAUGUCACGAUUAUGUUUAGUUUCUGUAAUGAGCUCUCAUUAGUUACCAUGGUUUCUGAUUAGUUAAUCCUUGUCCAGCUGUUCCUGCUUAUUUCCCUCAUUUACCUUGUGUGU